AUGGCGACGGAACGGCCUUGUAAUGACCUGAUGGCAAAAGGACACCACACGGAGACUUGUGUCCCCGCCUCGCUGGGAUUUGUGGAUUUAACACUCCAUGAUCAGGUCCAUCUACUGGAAUGUGCCUGGUUAGAGAUACUGAUGAUUGGCUUAGUCUGGCGCUCCAUGGAACACCCAGGAAAGCUUUUAUUUGCACCUAACCUAUUACUGGACAGGAAUCAAGGGAAGUGUGUAGAGGGCAUGGUGGAAAUCUUUGACAUGCUGCUGGCUACUGCUGCUCGCUUUCGCAUGAUGAACCUUCAAGGGGAGGAAUUUGUGUGCCUUAUCUGCUGAAUUCUGGUAAGUGGUGUGUACACUUUUCUUUCCAGCACCUUGAAAUCUCUGGAAGAGAGAGACUAUAUUCACCGUGUUCUGGACAAAAUCACAGACACUCUGAUACACUUAAUGGCUAAGUCGGGUCUUUCUCUGCAGCAGCAACACAGACGACUGGCUCAGCUCCUCCUCAUCCUUUCUCACAUCAGACACAUGAGCAACAAAGGAAUGGAGCACCUGUACAAUAUGAAGUGUAAGAACGUAGUUCCACUCUAUGAUCUCUUGCUGGAGAUGCUGGACGCUCACCGGCUGCACGCCCCGGCUGCCAGGAGUGCUGCACCCAUGGAAGAGGAGAGCCGGAGCCAGCUGACAACUGCGUCAGCGUCAUCUCAUUCCUUGCAGUCUUUUUAUAUAAACAGCAAAGAAGAGGAGAAUAUGCAGAAUACAAUAUAA